AUGACAAAUCAAUUAGUUUUUGCAAACAAUGAACGUGUUUGUAAAAUUGUUAAUAACGAUUACAAAAUUUGUACUGAGUCAAAUGUACUUGUUUCGGUGUCUGAAUGGAGUGAAAAUAAUCAAGUAAAAAAAUUUAAUAAAUCACUUGAAAUAGAUGCUCGUGGUAUUUCAUCAAUAACACCAAAUGCAUUUAAAAAUUUGAAAAUAACACAGCUUGAUAUAACGUUCAAUGGAGCAACAAUUAAUUUAGAGCCAGAAUCAUUUGAUGGUCUACGUUGGCUAAAAAAAUUACGAUUUUCUUAUGGAAAUAUAACGUUGAAAAAAAAUUUAUUUAAAUCAAUUAAAUCACUAAAUUCUCUGUCGUUACCAAUCAAUCAAUCUGGCCAAGUAUUAUCAGAAACAUUAAAUGAUUUUGAUAAUUUAAAAUAUUUAGAAAUUGAUAAUUGCAAUUUGGGUGAAAUAAAUCCAUAUUAUUUUGGAGCAUCUGGAUUGAAUUAUUUAAAAUUACUGAGAUUAGAUUACAAUAAAAUAAAUCAAAUUGAUCCUUAUGCAUUUGCAGAAAUCGAUCAAUCGAUUGAAUUAUUAUCUUUGACUUUUAAUGAAUUAAAAAGUGUUAAAAGUAAGUCAUUUGGAGAACUCAAUACAACUGUUUUAUAUCUUUCAAAUAAUUUAAUUGAUACCAUUGAAGAUGGAGCUUUUGAAAAUUCACAUAUUGGAGAUAUUUAUUUAUUUUUUAAUUUUGAUAUUACUGUUGACAAAGCUGCCUGGAAAAUUCCAGAAUCAACUCAUGUAUUUCAAAAUAAUACUGAUCAAUCCAAGGACAUCGACUAA